AUCACAUCAUUCAUCAUAUCACUCAUUUUUCUUUCAUGUCCAAAUGCUAACCUAUUCGUGUUUUGUGUAGAAUUCAUUGCAUUGAAAUUUAUAUACAUAAUUUGUAUCCUGAAAAUACAACUUUUUCUAAUAAAAGUGUAAGCAAUGGCGGAUACAGUGAAUAUGUCUUUAGAUGAAAUUAUAAAACAAAACAGAACAAGUAGAUCACGAGGAAGAGGUGGAGGUGGCAGCGGGAAUGUUCGUGGUCGUGGCGGUGGUAGAGGCAGAGGUGGCAGAGGUCGUGGGCGUGGAGCGGUUGCGCGUGCUAGGUCACAAACUAGAUCAAAUACGCCGGCCGGAGCUAGACGUGGACGUUCCCGCUCUCGUGGUCCCGGUGGCGGCAGGUCCCAAUCACGACCCCGUUCUCAAUCACGCAAUCGCUCUCGCUCCCGACAGCGUCGUUCGAACUCCCGCGCCAGAUCCGCAUCGAGAUCUCGCUCUCAACUGAGAGGUCUGACACCUAAAGGCCGAGCAGGAUUAGAAGAACAGUCUGCCAUGCCUCAACUUGUAAGGGGCAAUCGAAUGAACAGAGGUGGUAUACGAGGAAGACUAUCGCGGGCAAAUUCGAACCCUAAUCUUCAAAGCAAUGUUCAUAGCAGACUUGGUGUAACAACACGGCGAGGAAUGAAUAACAUUCGGCGACCUCUUGCUGUAGCCAAAAGAGGAAUAUCAAAACGGGGAAGAGGUUUGAGUACUGGCAACAGAUAUAGUGCAGUGGGCUUGAGAUCAGAUCAAAUUUUAAAAGAGAGACAAAAUAUGCUUCUUCGAAACAAUAUUAUAAAAUCGCAAACUUUCACACGUUCCAGAAAUAAUUCUUUCAGUUCACCUUCCCAACUGACUGUAAGUGUUGCUAAUGAUUUUGCUAAGAAGCGUCGUAAUAGUGUUGGUAACGCUGGCUAUUUAAAUAAACACAGUUUAGCACAAUUAAAUAAUCAGUUUGGUGGCUACAACACAAGGAGAGGUCCUGGCAGUGUUAAAUCUAUGGGAUCGAAUAGAUCAAACAGAUCUAGCAGAUCCAACCGUUCCAACAGAUCAAAUACUAGUAGAGGCUCCAACCGCUCUCGAGGCAGAGGCCGUGGUGGUAACCGUGGUGUUGGGAGAAAGUUUGUGAAUAAACAAGUCUUAAAUGCUAAACUACAAAAAGAGAUAGCUGUUAUUCAAGGUAAAACAUAUGGCAGCACUGCAAAUAGUGAGGCUCCAACUGGUAUCAAUUUCUCUCCAACACCAGCUGCCACUGGACAGUCACUACAUCAGAGAUUUGCUAGUUCAUAAAUUAAUUAAUAUCAAUUGUGAUUCUAUCAUUAAGCUAAGUUGAAUAAAAAAAAUAUAAAUACUUCCUAACUUAACCUGACAAGAAACUUGAAACCUCCAGAAAAUGGUCUUGUUAAAAGUCCUGGGUAAACGGUUUUUCUUAAAAAUGUUUUCAUUUACUUAUUGCACUGAGUACAGCUGAAAUUUCAGCAGGCUUGUUUUGCUAUAUUUCCAUAAUUAUGGAUAUACUGAUAAAAUGUUGGUGAUUUUUCAUUGUGUGUUUAUAUUUUAUUUAAGAGAUAAGGAGUUAAAGCACUGUUAAAAAAAUCUUAGUGUUAUUCAAAUUGCAAGUGUGUCUACCUCUCGAUAAAAUUAGGUGUAAUAUAAAAAUGCGAAGUUUCAUGCCAAAUUCCAAUUCUAUUUUUUUGAAAUGUUUCUAAAACUUGAGUCAUUGAAAGAAAAUUAUCUAAGAGAUAAUCAUAACGAUAAAACAGAUUUUAUAUUGUGUCCAAGCCGAUUUUAUUUGCAAGAUACCUUUUGUUUUUCAUAAUAUUACCAAAAUAUAUUGAAUAUGAUGACAAAGACUGGGCAUUCAGGGGUAAUACAUAGUAGUAUAUAAUCUGCAUGUAAUUGCAGUCAGUAAGAGCAUUUUACAGCCAUUGACUUUGCCUUCCCAUCUCACUUUAUCUUAUUGGUUUGUCACCUGGCAACUUUACCUAUGUAACAGUAGGUAUUUGUUCAGUAGUUGUUUUACUGUAGCUUUUUAAACUUAAUAUUAUGGUCAACUAAAUGCAAUAAACAGCUGCCUAUAAACUAAGUAGAAAUAGAGUUUAUUGAAUAUGACAGGUUGCAAGUAUUAUAAGAUCUUUGUCUAUUUUCUAAUUACUAGUUGUAAGAUUGUUUAAAUGUAUGUCAUUAAGUACAUUUUCAGAUUAUUUUAUGACAUGUCAAAGUUAGUUUUAGUUUCCAAUUAUUUUGUUUGACUAAUUUUUUUUUAUUUUUGUGAUUGCUGAAGCUGAUCCUAAGUAUACUGCGGUAUUUUUGUUAUACAGAGAAGUAAGAAAAUAAAAUAUUUGAUUCAUA